CAUCAUAAUAAUGCGCCGGAUGCAUUAUACUUCUUUCACUACGGAUUUAUCAGAUAAUGUCAUUUUUAAGACGACUUGUCAAUCUUUUGAUGAAGACAGGGAGUCGCUUUUAAUGUAUGUUUUGCAGUGUAUUAGAGAAACUGAGAAGUGACUGGAGCUGGAGUUUGAAGAGAAAUUAGUGCGUCAUUGUGAGCGGUGGCGACUUCAGCUUGAAUCUGUCAGAUCUUCUAGUCUGAGGAGAUAUAUCCAGCGGGAUACUAUUGGGUCUGAGACACUCGAAACAAACCUUAACACGCACGUUUAGCGCAUUUUAAUUCUGAUCAGUCAGCAAGAUCCCUGACAUUACAGCGACAGAUAAUGUCGGCGAUGGAGGCAGUGUGUGAUGGAGAGGAGCCAGAGGUGGUCACUGAGGCGUGUUUGCUGUCCGAGUUCAGUGAGAGAGGAGAGGCUCGAGCUCUCAUCAACAAUCUCCCGGACAUUCAUCACGACACGGUCAGCAGAGAGGCCACCAUCGAGAAAUUUGUGGUUAUCAUGGAUCGCUACCAAGAACAGCCACAUCUUCUGGAUCCUCACUUAGAGUGGAUGCUGAACAUGCUCUUGGAGAUGAUCCGCAGUGAGAAGUCGCCACCUCUAAUGGUCCAUCUCUGUUUCAAAUUUCUCUACAUCAUCUCAAAGGUCAGAGGCUAUAAGAUCUUCAUGCAGCUGUUCCCCCAUGAGGUGUCAGAUGUUCAGCCCGUUCUGGACCUUUUAUGCAGACAGGACCCAAAAGACACUGAGACCUGGGAAACACGCUACAUACUCCUCCUCUGGCUCUCCAUGACAUGUCUCAUUCCCUUUGACUUGUCCCGUCUGGACGGCCACCUGUCCACUGACCCCGGGCUGAACAGAGAGUCCAUCAUGGAUCGGAUUCUGGCUGUUGCCAAGUCCUUUCUCAGAGUGAGUGACAAAUCUCGAGAUGCUGCAUCAGUGCUGGUAUCGAAGUUUGUGACUCGUCCAGAUGUGAAGCAGAAGCGUCUGGGUGAUUUUCUGGACUGGUGUCUGACAACCAUCUCUCAGACCAGUGAGAUUACCAUGGAGGGAACUGUGACCCUUGAUGGAGCUUUGCAAUCUCUGGCCCAGCUCUUCAAGCAUGGGAAACGUGAUGAUUUCCUGCAAUAUGCCCCAACAGUGCUUCAGUGCCUGAAUCAGAAGAGAAUAGCGGAGAGUAACCAGGCCACAUUGCGUAAGCUGGGUGUAAAAGUGGUCCAGAGACUUGGCUUGACCUUUCUAAAACCACGUUUGGCCAAAUGGAGAUACCAGAGAGGAAGUCGGUCACUCGCAGUGAACCUGGCCCAGUCUUCUGUCACUGAAAGUGUAGAGGCUACAAAACCUGAUCUAGAGUCUGUCAGUCAGGAGGAAGACUAUGACAUACCUGAGGAGGUAGAAAAUAUCAUUGAACAACUGUUGGUGGGACUGAAAGACAAAGAGACAAUAGUGAGAUGGUCUUCUGCCAAGGGGAUUGGAAGGGUAACUGGUAGACUACCUAAACAGCUUGCAGAUGAUGUGGUUGAGUCUGUUUUAGAGUGUUUCAGUUUUCAGGAAACAGAUAAUGCCUGGCAUGGAGGCUGCUUGGCUCUUGCAGAGCUUGGCCGAAGAGGACUGCUGCUUCCUUCCCGUCUCUCAGAUGUGGUGCCUCUGAUUAUAAAAGCUCUGACAUAUGAUGAGAAAAGGGGCGCAUGCAGUUUGGGAUCGAACGUACGUGAUGCAGCCUGCUACGUGUGCUGGGCUUUCGCCCGUGCCUAUGAGCCAAAUGAACUGAAGCCUUAUGUCAACCAGAUUGCCAGCGCACUGGUCAUCGCAACUGUAUUUGACAGGAACAUCACCUGCAGGAAGGCCGCCUCUGCUGCUUUCCAAGAGAAUGUGGGCAGACAGGGCACCUUCCCCCAUGGCAUAGACAUUGUGACAGCGGCGGACUACUUCACAGUCGGUAACCUGAAUAACUGCUACUUAACUAUCAGUGUCUACAUCGCUGGUUUUGAGGAAUACACCAAACCCUUAAUUGACCACUUGGUGGCUAUGAAAGUCAAUCACUGGGAUGGGGUGAUCAGAGAGCUGGCCACGAAAGGCCUGCACAAUCUAACUAUCCAGGCCCCUGAAUACAUGGCCAACACUGUUGUACCUCAGCUGCUGCCCAUGGCCACAGGGAUGGAUUUACACAGGCGUCACGGCGCUAUCCUGGCCUGUGCCGAGAUCACUCAUGCUCUCUACGAGCUUGCCACCCAGAAUAAUAGUUGGGUGACUGACUUCCUGUCCUCUGACACAAUUGAAGGCCUUAAAAACAUUCAUCAAAAGCUCUCUGACAGAAAGCAGUACAGGGGAUUUGGUGGAGAGCUAAUGAGACCAGCAGUCUGUUGCCUCAUUGAAAAGCUCUCUCUCUCCAAGAUGCCUUUUAAAGAUGACCCAGUUAUCACUGGUUGGCAAUGGCUAAUAGACGACAGCUUGAAGAACCUUCACCUGUUCUCCAGCGGGGCCAGGCGGGGUAUACAGGAUGCCGCACUCUCAGCACUGGCAGCGUUGUGUCUGCAGUAUUAUCAGGUUGAACCAGGGGUAGCCGAUGUGGAAAUGCAAGAUCAGCUGGUUAGUCAGUACCUGUUGGCCCUGGAGAGUCCCGAGGUUCUGACGCGCUGUGGCUGCGCUCUCGCCCUGGGCUCACUGCCUCCGUUUAUGAUCCGUGGCAAACUCCAGAAGAUCUUGCCUGGGCUCCAGGCCGCCUGUAAGGUUGUGCAGAAAGCGGCAAGUCUAACAGAAGCCAGGAGGGAUGCGGCCACAGCCAUGUCUCAGGUGGGUGUAGCUGUAGGAGUUUGUGCACAAGGCAGCCCAGACCGUGUCCUGUGUGAGGGCAACAUAAGGCCUGUGUAUGAAGCCUUGCUGGGCUGUAUGAACGACUACAGCACGGACAGCAGAGGGGACGUCGGGGCCUGGGUGAGGGCGGCUGCAAUGACCAGCCUUAUGGAGGUGACCCUGCUGGUGGUGGCGUCUGCUCCAGAGCUCCUCUCCUCUGACCUUGUUCAGCGUAUGAUGUGUUGCCUGGCCCAGCAGGCUGCAGAGAAGAUCGACCGCUACCGAGCCCACGCCGGCACCGUUUUCCUGCAUCUGCUUCACAGCACAGACCCCGCAGUACCUCACAUCCCCCACCGGGAGGAGCUACUGAGCAUCUUCCCUCUAGAGACAGGAACCUCCCUGAACUGGAACGCCGCGUCACAGGCCUUCCCUCACAUCACGCAGCUGCUGCGGCUGCAUCAGUACCAGUACCACACGCUCCUGGGCCUCACUGUGUCUGUGGGUGGCCUCACCGAAUCUACAGUGCGUUAUUCCUCUCAGUCUUUAUUCGAGUACCUGAAGGGCAUUCAGCAGGAUGCCACAGUGCUUCAGCAGUUUGGAGACACGUUGUUACGCAUCUUCAGGAAUAACCUUCGCAAUGACAGAGUUUCUGUACCUUUGCUGAAGAUGGUGGACCAAAUCCUUGCUAAUGGCUGCUUUGACCUCUUCGCCAGCGAGGAGAGUCAUCCGUUCUGCGUAGAGCUGCUGGCGAUCUGUAAAGAGGAAAUCAAGAAAUCCAAAGAUGUGCAGAAGUUGUUGUCGUGUAUAGCUGUGUUCUGUGGAAUGGUGCAGUUCAAGGGUGAUGUGAGGGAGAAGGUCUUAGUGCAGCUGUUGAUGUUGCUCUGUCACCCCUUCCCUGUGAUCAGGAAGACGACUGCCAGCCAGGUAUACGAGAUGCUCUUGACCUACGAUGAUGUCAUUGACGAUGAUCAAGUGCUGACUGAUGUCAUGGCCUCGCUUAGUGACACUAAUUGGGAAAGUGACAUCGCCACAAUGCGGACCCACAGGAAUCAGCUCUGUGAUUGGUUGGGAGUGCCCAGGCCGAUUCUGGUAACCAAGNCUUCACCCCAAUAAAUCUGUUCCUACCUGACGGCCGCUUUGCACUGCAUUCUGUGUGGACGUCAGAGACAGUGUCCAUAUGUCCUCUGCUGUCAGAUAAUGUUGUCCAUCUAACAGUAUCUGACCUGUCAUCAUUCAAUUCUUAAGUAAAAUGUCUUGGAGCUCAGUUGAGCUUACUUUACAGCACUAUAGAUGCAGUUGUGUAGUGAUGUUCUCUGUUUUAGUGCACUUAUGGAAAUAUUGCAAAUUAUUGACGUCAUGAUUAUUAAUGAUUUUUCAUGUUCAGAUUAUAGCAUGUCUUUCAGAGUCAUAAUUUACUCACCUUCAUGAUAUUUGAGUCAGUGAGUUGAACUAGAAAACAGAUCAGCAAAUGUAUCAGUCUUUUGAGGCUGUGCUUUUCAAUAAACCUGUUCAAUAAAGACUGGUCACA